CUAAACUGAUGACUUACUGUAACAUGUCCACGACUCACCAGUUGAGAAUCGAUGCUUAAUGAGGCACUUUGCAGCAGUGGUCGACGAAAAGUACAGUUUGUCCACGUUCAUGUCUCCUGGGUGUUGUAAUGGAGGACACACCCCCAAAGCAGACUUGACCCCAUCGAAGCCCAGAGGACUGCACACAGUCAGACGAAGCAACAGGCAGUUCAAACCAGUCGGGUCCAUCCAAGGUUGAAGACGUCAAACAGUUUAAACAGACGGGGACGCUCUAAACUGCCUUCAACACUAUGGGGGCUGUCAUCUCUCGGUGGAGGGCAAAACCUUCCACUGUGGAGAUUUUGGAGGGCAUAGAUAAGGACAUUCAGCUUUAUGAGGAACACGGCGAAAAAUACCAAAGGCAGCUGAAAAUUUGGCUCGGCCGACUGCUUUUGUACUCUGCCCUUCUCUACCUGAUCACCUGCGUAGUGGUGUAUUGCUGGUACCUGCCAGAACAGCUCAUAGGGCGCUUCAUUCUCGCUCUUCCCUUUGUCAUAUUCCCUCUAUUAGUGUGGUUGCUUCGGAAACUCCUGAUAAUAAUAUUUUUGCGAAGAACUGAAAAGAAUAAUGACAAACUAGAUAAUCUUAAAAAGCAAAAGAAGAAAAUACUUGAAGAAGUUAUGGAAACGGAGACCUAUAAAAAUGCAAAAAUGAUUCUGGAAAGAUUUGAUCCUGAGUCCAAGGGGAGAAUGCUGGAAUCGACUCCACUCAAACCUGAGAUGACUCCAAAACCAGACCAAGAGCUUCGCCAACGCAAUGUCCUCUCGAAAACACCCGUGGCGGCGAACCCUUCAAGUGGCAUAGAAUCCCAACCCCCUCCUUCCGGCGGGCCCUCCUACCCUGGACGAUCUUCCCACUCCGCGCCGGGAGGACCCCCAGAGAGGGGCCUGUCGGCUGCGGCUGCUCAGCAGAGCUUGAUGAGGAAGUCUGUGACCCUUGGAACACCUGCUCCAGGAUUUGGGAUGCACCCUCCAGGCCCGCCCCUGGCCAGACCGGUGCUUCCAAGGCACAGAGGGGCCAUGGACAGAGUCAUUGAGUACCUUGUUGGAGAUGGCCCACAGAACAGAUUCGCUCUCAUAUGCCAACAGUGUUUGUCCCACAACGGCAUGGCAUUAAAAGAGGAAUUUGAAUAUGUCGCCUUCCGAUGCGUGUAUUGUUAUUUCCUCAAUCCUGCUAGAAAGACCAGACCUCAAGCACCCAGACUCCCUGAGGUCACGGGUGAGCUGAAAACGUCUUCUGAGGCACCUUCAUCAUCGUCCAGUGCUGAGGAAGACUCCCCGCAACCUUUUAAAGAGGAGACACAGGAUGUAGCACCCCCAACCCCUCCAGAGUCCAGUCCUGAGUCUGACCACCAAAGCACUCAUGAGUCACCAGAUGAGCCCUCUGAGAAAUCUGAUGGAGAGCAGGAUUUGUCUGCCAUGGAGGUGGAGUAAAGAAGACUCAUUGUACAUCACCUGAAACUUUGAUCAAAAAGACAUACUGAAAACUUUGGAAUGGCGUCGUAACAAUCACUUUUGAAUGUGCUUUUCAAUGUAAACAGCCCUUUGCUCUGGCAAGUGUUUUUGUUGAGUAGAGAUGAAUAGUUUGAUACAAGCAUCUGGUAGAAAGCCUCUCACCUACCUGAGCCCUGUGUGAUGCGCUGUAGGACAUGUUUACAUCUGUAUUUGACUGAAUGUCUUAAGAGGAAACUUCAUGAAAUACAUUUUUAUUUAUAAGGUCCAUUUACUGCUGUGCUUUUACAUGUCAUGUUGACUGGGGGGCAUUGUGUAGCAAAAUUGCACAACCAAAGUGUUUACACACAACGGUGCAUAAAGCAGAACGCACUUACAAUAAGUAUUUAUUUCUUCAAACAGAAUGGAGAUCAUUGUUGGCGCUGUGCACCUGCUGGAUGUACUUUUUACAAGUUAAAUGGCUUCCUCUUGAGUAUUUUUGAUGCAACCUAUAUAUGUUUAGACAAUCUCUUACACAUUUUUCACCCAUAUGUAUGAAUGUUUGCUGUGAAUGUGUCAGUUGGUAAAUUGUAAAUAUUAAAAUAAACU